UGACGUUAAGCGGCCAAAGAACAAACCGACGCAUGAUCUGAGAGAAAGAGGCGCCGGCGAACAAGAGGACAUGGCUGUGAACGUAUAUUCCACCUCAGUGACUAGCGACAAUCUGAGUCGUCAUGACAUGCUUGCGUGGAUCAAUGAGUCUCUACAGAUGAACUUUACCAAGAUUGAGCUUUUAUGUUCAGGUGCAGCCUACUGCCAGUUCAUGGACAUGCUGUUCCCAGGCUGCAUACCUUUGAAGAAAGUUAAAUUUGGUGCAAAGUUAGAGCAUGAAUACAUUCACAAUUUUAAGAUAUUGCAAGCUGCCUUUAAGAAGAUGGGAGUUGAUAAAAUUAUCCCAGUUGACAAAUUGGUGAAGGGCAAAUUUCAAGACAAUUUUGAGUAUGUUCAGUGGUUUAAGAAGUUCUUUGACGCCAACUAUGAUGGAAAAGAGUAUGACCCAGUGGAGGCGCGACAGGGCCAGGACACCAUGCCAGUCCCAAACCCCUCCAUGUCUGCCCUCAGUAAGCCCAAGAAGAUCAUGAAUGCAGUCCAUCAGUCUCCCCCUGUUAAGACAAGCAAACCAGCAGUUGAAAUCGCACCACAGAGGGCAGCCGUUGCCAAGGUAACACCCAAGAUGGUGCCUGGCUCUGCACGGAGACCUGGUGCUGGUGGCGAUGAGGAAAGAGCAGAGCUAAUUCAAGAGUUAAACAUCUUGAAAUCUACGAUCCAAGAUAUGGAGAAGGAGCGGGACUUUUACUUUGGAAAACUGAGGAACAUUGAGCUGAUCUGUCAAGAGAAGGAGGGUGAGGGAGACCCCACCCUGCAGAGGAUUGUGGAUAUUCUCUAUGCCACAGAUGAGGGGUUUGUCAUACCAGACGCUGAGUCAGAGGACCAGGAGGAGUUCUAAUGGUCGUGUUUCGCUGCAGUUUUACCCUCCUCUCACACCCUCCAUUCCUGCCCUGUCCACACAGUCACUUACCUCCCCUAUCCACACAUUGCGUUACGCGUUUGGACUUUUCCGAACAAACUCCAUAUCGAGUUUCAUCGCAUCUGCUAAAGCAUGCAUAGACACACAUCAUGCUGUUUUUAAAGCCCUCAGACCUCUGGCUGCCACGAUACUUCUGUUCCGCUCCCAAGGAAAGGGAGCGUUUCAUCUCUUGUAAUAUAUAACUUUGCUUUCCUCUUUCAGCAACUUCAGACACCUGCAAAUGUAUUUAUCUAAUUUUUAAAUGUCUCCGAACACAUCGUCUGUAGUGAUUUCUAGUGCCGUCUCUCCCCUCACUGCUGUGGUACAUAUCUGUGAUCACGUCUUAUUUGUACGUUACUGACACAAAAACUGAGGGACGGAAUGACAAAACGUGUGUUAAGUUCAUCGCCAAACCCCUCUCACCUCCUAGUUUCCACUCAUGGUUUUGGUGGUUGCUUUGGCGUAAGGCAGGUAGCAGUCACCACCACUCCAGUCUAUCCUCAGUGACUGUGCCUUAUACAGACUGUCUGGAGGGAGUGGACCCAGUCUGAUGUUUGUCUUUUCUUUGUUUUAUGGAUGUAGUUGAGCGUCGUUUUUCAAGUCGACGCAUGUACUAACACUCAGUCGUGCUCUUUGGUCUGCAGAAUGCAUAGUUUUGUAGAACCACAGCAAGGUUGCGCAGGUAAAAAAUAUUUUAUUAUAAUUUUAUUUUCGUUUUAAAGAAUUAUCUGUAUGAACUACGUUGGUGGACUCGAGGCCAAAAUUUGAGUUGACAAGACAAACACUGCCCGUUUUCUACCUGUUUUUACUGCC